GGAACAUAAACUAACCACGCUUAGUUUUUUAAUUUAUUAAAAUUUUUUUUUCUAUAUUAUCAUAAUGUAUCCUGCAUCAAGUAUUUUCAACUUAAAUCCAUCUUAUUGUGCACCACCAAUGGCAGAUAAAUAUUUACCAGUAGAAGUUAUGUUUGGUGGUGGUCAUUGGAGUUAUGUCUUCCAAGAUGGUUGUUGCUGGAGGCCCAACGAAGUAUCAUGGACACCUUACUCCAUCUCGCCUGUGGCUGUUGCUCCAUCAUUUUGCAUGCUCGAUGUGUUACCGCCAAAAACUUCGAUGGCAUGCUAUUUAUCGGUACCAGCUGCGGAAAGUGCGAUGACGUGCUUUUCAUCGCUACCUGGUGGCGAUAGUUGCAGUAGUCUGGAAUCAUCACCGACGACAUCUUUGUCAUCCAAAAAACUCGCUUUCAGAAUAGAAAAUAGUGAUGACAAGAUUUGGCGGUUUCCAAAAACUGCACCGCCACCCGUUCCAUUACCUGGUUGGAAUCCAUUACCAUAUGGAUUGGAAAGAUUUUGGAAAAACGCUUUCAUGUGGCUGUUUAUCGAGCUAUUUGAAAACAAUCACCUGUGGACGUUAAAACCCGUUGAAAAGCCUCCGGAUGACGAUGGGAAAGGAACGCCUUGGGAAACGGUUAUCCAUUCCGCCAAAGUUCGUUUUAAUUGCGAACAGGCCAAUCAUGGAUGGACUUCAAUGCAGGGGCGUGUCGUUUUUUGGUUUCGAAUGCUCCAUGGAAUUGAAAGUGGAUUUGCCAGAGGAGAAGUGGUCUUCAAGUUGUACGGCCAAAAAUGCGAACGCUGCACAUCAGGAGCAUUCGAGACACCGCUUUGGUAUCCGGAAGAAAUUGCGAAUGCCAUGUGGAACCUUUACUCUAAAGUGGCUGAAAAAUUCUAUGGUAGGCCUCUGGAUAAGGUAGUCCGUGGCUUGCGAGGAGGUAAACCACGAACACCUCAUAAACCGGAAUUAUGUCAAUCCUGCAGCGACGGACUCCCGUGUGGCAAAUUUUAGCAUGAACCAUUUCGCAACAGCGGUAGUGUUGUGUUAAGUCAUUGGUUUAAAAAAUUCAAAAAUCCUCAGAAUUUAAUAUUUUUUGUUUCUCGUGCGCUUUUAAAGUUUUUCGUCCCUUUUAUCUGAAUGUGUGCAUUUUUCGACUUUUUUCGUCUUCUAUAUGUUUGUU